UACACAAACAAAAUUGUAUUGAACUAAACUUCUGAGUAGUAACUUAACCUCCAAUAUUUCGAUAGCUUACAUGAUUGUAUUGUCCGUAAUACGUUACGAAAUUCGAUAUUUUAGUUGUGCAAGUUUAAUUGGCAAUGACUCAAUUAAUGUUUUGACCUACUUGGCCGAAUUCCGGCCCAACCGAUACCAUAAAACCAAACCCGCACGUGACUCCUUGAAAGAACCCUAUCGCCGUCACCAUUUUCCCACCACUCUGUUUAUAUAAAUCCCUCAUUUCCACACAUUUUCCAGUAUUCCACCAGAAAAAUCCCAUCUAUAAUCUGUCAACUCAGAGCAGCCCACCAACAGAAGAAUCUCACCGGAGAAAAAGAAAGGAAACCCCGCCGGAAAUUCGAAAUCAAAUGAAGUCAACGGUGGAACAGCAGCUCAAUUUACCCGCCGGAUUCCGAUUCCACCCCACCGACGACGAGCUCGUCACCCAUUACCUCUGCAAGAAAUGCGCCGGACAGGGAAUCAACGUCCCCAUCAUCGCCGAGCUCGAUCUCUACAAGUUUGACCCAUGGGAGCUUCCCGAGAUGGCGCUGUACGGCGAGAAGGAGUGGUAUUUCUUCUCUCCGAGAGAUCGGAAGUACCCAAAUGGGUCGCGGCCAAACCGGGCGGCGGGAACUGGGUACUGGAAGGCGACCGGAGCGGAUAAACCGAUCGGGAAGCCGAAGACUCUGGGGAUCAAGAAGGCUCUGGUUUUCUACGCCGGGAAAGCUCCGAGAGGGGUCAAGACGAAUUGGAUCAUGCACGAGUACCGCCUCGCUAAUGUGGACCGCUCCGCCGGCAAGAAAUCUGGACUCAGGCUGGACGAUUGGGUGCUAUGCCGACUCUACAACAAGAAAGGAACCAUGGAGAAGCAUUUCCCGGACGAGGGAACGAAAUCGCCGGCAGUGAAGCUCCAGCCGUCGUCGCCUGUGCCGGAGGACGACGAGGAGAUGAUGUGGACGGUGGAGGAAAUGAAGCCCAAUUUGCUAGAUUUGCAGCUGCAACAACAGUUCUGGGAGAUGGAGACGCCGGAGGAGUCGACGUCCGUGCCGCCACAGCUGCAUACGGACUCGAGCAGCUCCGGCGAGCAGCACGCGGUGUGGUCGCCGCCGGAGAACAAGGAGGUGGAGAGCCGCAGCGGCGGGGGAGGAGGGGCGAGAUGUGGUGGCGAACCGAACCGGAAUUCAGGUUCGAACAACCAAGGGAACGGGUUCGACUUUGGGUUCGAGUUUCGAGAUUUCGGGUUUGGGUUCGACGGGGUUGAAUUCGCCGGUGCCGGAGGAGGGGAUUCAUCGGGAGGGUUCCAGUUGGAUCAGCAGCAGUUGCAGGAGAUGUUCAUGUACAUCCCUGAGCCGUUGUUUUGAUGGAAGUUGUUGACAUUUAGUAGGGAGAAAGACUAGAGUGAAAUGAAAUGGAGGGUUUAUGGGUUAAUUUUUAUAGUUGUGGUUUUGUGGAUAACAUUUGGUUUUGUUAGGGCUUUUGGGGUUUAGGGGAAUCUUCUUUGUUAGGGUAAUGCAAUGUAACCAUUGAGGGGAUUCUUAUAAGAUGUCAAACAUAUGAAUUCAUUCCAAUUUUUCAUUCCUCAAAAGUGAAAUGGAUUUGGGUACAUAGUUCAUGACUUAAGACUCUUUUACGUCCAAAAUUAGGCCUAAGUUGUAGAACACUAUCCUUAACUCCAAAUUCAAAGUUCACAAGUGUAUGUUAUAGUAUGUUAUAGUUUCGGGAUCAUGAUUCAUGAACAUGCAGUUAUUUAGAUUUAAGGCGGAUAACUUAUACCGCUUAAAAUUCGAUUAAAAAUAUAUUGAAUUU